AGGUCUCGGGCCCCCAGGCGGAGCGGCGGGCGCCGGACCCCCAGGCGGAGCGACAGGUCUCGGGCCCCCAGGCGGAGCGGCGGGCGCCGGACCCCCAGGCGGAGCGACAGGUCUCGGGCCCCCAGGCGGAGCGGCGGGCGCCGGACCCCCAGUCGGAGCGACAGGUCUCGGGCCCCCAGGCGGAGCGGCGGGCGCCGGACCCCCAGGCGGAGCGGCGGGCGCCGGACCCCCAGGCGGAGCGACAGGCGGAGCGACAGGUCUCGGGCCCCCAGGCGGAGCGGCGGGCGCCGGACCCCCAGGCGGAGCGACAGGUCUAGGGCCCCCAGGCGGAGCGACAGGCACCGAGUCACCAGGCACGACAGUGGGCUCCGAGUCAACUGGCAUGACCGCUGGCACUGGGUCAGACAUUGGAUCGUCUGGCUGGAC